CCUUCGUAUCAUUUAUAGUACUUUAUUUUCGAAGCGUUAUCUCCGUCUUCCUCACGAUAUUCACGGAAAUCACGUACAGUAAUGCAAAGUAUACUACGACGAUCAGUACUCAUCAGCCUCAAGGGGUGGUGCCGCCGCCCGUAUUCUGUAAUGCGAACGCCUGACGUGGAAGUAGACAAUCUGGUUAUUGGAGGCGGUGUUGUUGGACUCGCUGUGGCCGAACGCCUAGCGAGGCAGCGAUCUCCUGAAUCGACCAUUUUGGUGGAACGACAUGGCAGAUUCGGGGAGGAGACCAGUUCUCGAAACAGUGAAGUGAUUCAUGCUGGUUUGUACUAUCCAGAAGACAGCUUAAAGACGAAACUGUGUAUUAGGGGGAAGAAAAUGCUGUACACCCUUCUUCAAGAUACAAAUAUACCUCACAAGAAGCUUGGCAAGUGGGUAGUGGCAGAAAAUGAAGACCAAACGAACUAUAUCAAAAACCUUCACGAGAAGUCAAAGCGAAUUGGGGUGCCAACUUAUUUCAUGACAGCAGAUGAAGCACACAAGGAAGAGCCAGAGAUAUUCGCACAUUCGGUUCUCGUAUCUCCAACAACAGGUAUUAUUGAUUCGCACAGCUAUUUGGAAUAUCUAGAAUCGAGUUUCUCCAGCUGCGGGGGCGAUAUUGCGCUAGGAAGUGAAGUUCGAUCCAUUCGGCCAGAUCACUUGGCAGGUGGCUAUUUAGUGGAGGUGGCCACACCACCUACUAGCGACAAACCCACUCUAGUCCUAGCAAAGCAUGUUUUUAAUUCUGCUGGCUUGCAUGCGGACAAAGUGGCUAACAUGCUAGUACCUAACUCUUUCAAGCUUUACUACGCCAAAGGUCAAUAUUUUGGAUACCGCAAAAAGUCUCCCGUCCGUAGGUUGAUCUACCCAUGUCCGGAAAAAAAUUUGGCAGGAUUAGGUACACAUCUUACACUGGAUAUGGCGGGUCGUUGUAAAUUCGGACCUGACGUCUUGUACGUGGACGGUUCGAACGACUACGCUGUAGCUGAUGAUGACCAAAAGCUAGAGCAGUUCGUCGAUGCUGUACGAAAGUAUUAUCCUAAUGUGGAUAAAUCAUCAUUUUAUCCUGACUACGCAGGUAUCAGGCCCAAACUGGCAGGUCCAGGAGCACCAUUCCAAGAUUUCAUCAUUAGAGAGGAAGCCGACUUCAAAAACUUUUACAAUUUGAUAGGUAUUGAAUCGCCCGGAUUGACGAGCUCCUUGGCAAUCGCUGAAUAUGUCGCUGAUCUUAUGGAGAAGUAGAAAUCAAAUGAUUCUUCACGUCAGCCAGUUGUUCUGAAAGAUCCUCUUUUCGUGUUUCCAAAAUAAAAAUAUAAAAUAAAAAGCUUGUUUCGGGAGUGACUGAAACCACCAUGCAAGAA